AUGAAAGGCUUCGUGGUUUUAGUAGCUCUGUUCGCUGUAGUUAGUGCUAAAUGGAUCGACAUCGACUGGUCCAAGGUUCGCCCGAUCGAGGAGUUCGAUCACUACUGGGCUCGUCUACCGGCGGAGAUGCAGAUCUACCGUCACGCUAGCCCAUCGCCGCGUAUCGUUGGAGGCCAGGAGGCGACCCCAGGACAGUUCCCGUAUCAGGUUGCGCUGGUGGGCGAAUACGCCUUGGGAACUGGCGUGUGCGGAGGAUCUAUUUUGACCAACCUCUACGUUCUUACCGCUGCUCACUACGGUGGUUCCCCUUCGGAUGUUUUAAUGUACACCUCCAAUCCGGUGAUCACUAACGCUGACUGUAUUCCCUAUUACAACUCUGCUUUGAUUGAGCCUCAAAACGUGUGUCUGAGUAGUGCAGGUGGUCGUAACGUUUGCAACAGUGACUCUGGUGGUCCGCUGACUGUACAGGAUGGAGGCAGUGUUCAGAUCGGUGUAGUGUCCUUUGGCAGGGCUUCUUGUGCGGACAUCGUACCGUCAGUACACGCACGUGUAACCUACUAUCUAGAAUGGAUUGAGGCAAAUUCGGACUUUGUGGCAAAUCCUUAAAGUGAAGAUGUUGUUGAAAAGAAAUAUUAAACAUUCAAUUUCUCUCACAUUGAAAAUACAUUGAACCUGCGAAAUACAUAUCCUGCUGCCAUUCUUUUCGGGAAAUUUCUCGGUUUAUUACUUAAUUUAUAAUUAUAACAGCAUUUUCAAAGGGAGGCUUUCUUGCCACGGAAUUUCUUCUGGGGCGUUUUUUUGACAACACUGGCCUGUUCUGUGAAAACUAGGCUACAACCCUGAUGAUUUUG